AUGUUUGGAAAGAGUUUCCCGUUCUAUAAUUCUGUCGGCGGGUUUUAUCCACAGAGUAUAGAUACGCGAAAACCUCCUGGGACCGGUUACACCAGCAAAGUCCGGGUCCGGGAUAAAUACCACAUCGUGGGGUUUAUCAGCAGUGGCACCUAUGGCCGUGUCUACAAAGCAAUAGGCAAAAAUGGCCAGAAAGGCGAGUUCGCCAUUAAGAAGUUCAAGCCAGAUAAAGAAGGGGAGGUGGUCCAAUACACCGGCCUCUCGCAGUCGGCAAUCCGGGAAAUGUCCCUGUGCUCCGAACUGGACCAUGCCAAUGUAGUGCAGCUGGCCGAGAUCAUCCUGGAGGACAAGUGUAUCUUCAUGGUCUUCGAGUACACCGAGCACGAUCUUCUGCAGAUCAUCCACCAUCACACGCAGCCGCAGAGGCAUGCUAUCCCGGCCUCCAUGGUCAGGUCGAUUCUCUUUCAACUGCUCAAUGGAUUACUGUAUCUUCACACCAACUGGGUCCUGCAUCGUGACCUCAAACCAGCAAACAUACUGGUAACCUCCAGUGGUGCGAUUCGCAUCGGAGAUCUGGGCUUGGCCCGUCUCUUUUACAAGCCUCUCAACUCCCUGUUCUCCGGAGACAAGGUGGUCGUCACCAUCUGGUACCGUGCCCCGGAGCUUCUCAUGGGCAGCCGGCAUUAUACACCGGCUGUUGACCUUUGGGCUGUCGGGUGCAUAUUCGCCGAGUUACUUUCCCUUCGGCCCAUUUUCAAGGGCGAGGAAGCUAAGAUGGACAGCAAGAAGACCGUUCCGUUCCAGCGCAAUCAAAUGAUGAAAAUAAUGGAAAUCAUGGGGUUACCGAAUAAAGAAACCUGGCCUGGGAUGGUAUCCAUGCCGGAAUAUUCCCAGCUCCAGUCCCUGGCACUAUCACGGGCACCGGGGCAUUUUAACAGAUCAUCGAACCUGGAAGGCUGGUUCCAAAACUGCCUCAAGAACAACGGAUACUCCGCCAAUUCAAGUGCCGGUACACCGGGUGCAGACGGCUUCGACUUGCUGUCACGAUUACUGGAGUACGACCCCACGAAGAGGAUCACCGCCCAGGAAGCCUUGGAGCAUCCUUACUUCAAGAACGGGGGCCCCAUAUCCGCCAAUUGCUUCCAGGGAUUCGAGGGCAAGUAUCCCCAUCGUCGUGUCACGCAGGAUGACAAUGAUAUCCGAUCUGGUAGCCUACCUGGUACGAAGCGGAGUGGACUGCCGGAUGACAGUCUCCUAGGAAGAGCGGCGAAGCGUCUGAAAGAGUGACGGACGUCUUUCUUCUUGGAUCUUUUUUUUU